AUGAUACAAAAAUAUCAGCCCGGGCCCGGGGCUCUGCACUGGGAGAAGAUCGCUGAGUUGAAGCGGACGGAAAGGGACACCGCGGUGCGUUCGUAUUUGCCCGACAGCGAUGCGCAUCCUUCAGAGAGCGAAGACCAGAAUGAUGUAUCAACGACGCCAGAUAUUGAAGAGCUCGUGUCAAGGCUAUCGCGUGGAGAGAUCACCGCCGAAGCUGUCACGAUCAGACAUAUCAAGCGUAUCGCAAAGGCGCAGCAGCAGACGAAUUGCUUGACCGAAGUCUUGUUCUCGGAUGCGCUUGAUCAAGCUAGAGCACUUGAUGAUCAUUUCAAAGCCACGGGCGAGCUAAUCGGUCCAUUCCACGGCGUUCCUGUGACGCUCAAGGAUCAGUUCAAUGUCAAGGGCUACGAUACGACUUUGGGCUACUGUGGCAGAGCCUUCAACCCUGCCGAGAAUGAUGCGCAGGUGGUCGAAGUCUUGAAGAAGCUGGGAGCUGUGAUUCUGGCAAAGACCAACUUACCUCAGAGCAUUAUGUGGUGCGAAACCGAGAAUCCGUUGUUCGGUCUGACGACGAAUCCUCGAAACCCAGACUUUACACCUGGUGGUUCUACGGGUGGCGAAGCAUGCGUGCUGGUGCUAGGUGGCUCGCUUCUUGGAUGGGGCACGGACAUAGGUGGUUCCAUAAGAAUUCCUAGCCACAUGAAUGGCCUUUAUGGCUUGAAGCCAACUUCAAGCCGCCUCUCAUACUCGGGUGUACCAGUAUCAACCGAGGGUCAGCAGCAUGUGCCAUCAGCUAUUGGCCCAAUGACUCGGAGCUUGUCGUCUCUUAUCACGACUACCAAAGCAGUCAUUGAUGCCAGGCCAUGGACAGUCGAUCCUGCAGUUACCCCGAUCGCCUGGGAUAAAGACAUGUUCGCGGACGCACAAUCUCGACCUUUGACGAUCGGAGUUAUGUAUGAUGACGGAGUUGUCAAGGUUCAUCCUCCAAUUGAGAGAGUCCUUUAUCAGAUGACGGAGCGCCUCAAGGCUGCAGGACACGAGGUCGUGAAUUGGAAUCCUUCUCUUCAUGCCGACUGCAUCAAAGUCAUGGACCAGUACUAUAAUGCAGAUGGGUGUGAAGACAUCCGCCGUGAUAUCGAAGCUGCAGGGGAGCCGAUGAUCCCCCAUGUUGAAGCACUUGUCAACCGUGCGCCAGCCAUCUCGGUGUACGAGUACUGGCAACUCAACAAGCAGAAGAUAGCCUUACAGAAAGCCUACUACGAAAAGUGGAAUGCUUUUGUUGCUCCAAGUGGUCGGAAGGUGGAUGUGCUACUGACACCGACGAUGCCGCACACAGCACUUCCUCACAAAGGAUGUCGAUGGGUCGGCUAUACAAAGGUAUGGAACUUUCUAGACUAUCCAGCAGUGGUCUUUCCUGCAGGUGCGGCAGACAAAGAGCUGGAUGGGCUGCUGGAUCCUAGUCAUGUGCCUCGCAAUGACGCGGAUGCGUGGAAUUGGAGCCGGUAUGACGCAGAAUCCAUGCACAAGCAUCCUGUCGGCUUGCAAAUCGUCGCUCGAAGGUUUGAAGAAGAACGCGUGCUCGGCGUGGCACGUGUUUGUGAGAGAUUACUCCAACAGGCAUCUAGUAAACCACACGGAGAAGAUGAGAAGAUCAGACCCGACUGGACCGUGCUUUUAGGGCAAGGUAUGACCGGUGGCAUGUUAAAUGGCCAGUAG